UGUGGGCCGAGGAAAGCUUUAAAAGAAUAUUUGAAAUGCACAACCAACAAUCCGCCGCCGGAACCGCCGCGGCGGCGGCGGUCUCCGCCGUUCCUUCUCGAUACAUCCUGCUGUGCACCGCCUUCUUGUCUCUCCUUCUCGUAUUCACACUCCUCAAAGGACCAACUCAACUCCCGCCGCCGUCGGAACCCCACCCGGCGCUCUUCCCCCGGCGCCACCGCAUCCUCUUCAAUGGCGGCGAAGGUGAGGUAUAUAAGCCAGGAGACUCAUUGUCCCCGCCUCGGCCUCCUUCCUUAGCCUAUUUUAUCUCCGGAUCCGCCAAUGAAUCGCGACAGAUCAUCCGACUGCUCUACGCCGUAUACCAUCCUUUAAAUCAUUACUUGCUUCACCUCGACGGUUCUGCUAGCCAGACCGACCGUGACGCUUUGGCUGUCACAGUCCAAUCGGUGCGGCUCUUCAGAGCGGCGCGUAAUGUUCACGUAAUUGGGAAAGGGAAUAAUGUGUGCCCCGAUGGUCCAUCUGCUCUUUCCGCCACACUCCACGGAGCUUCCAUUAUGCUCCGUCUGUCGGCCGACUGGGAUUGGUUCAUCAAUCUCUCUGCUUCCGAUUAUCCUCUUGUCACUCAGGAUGAUCUUUUGCACAUUUUCUCUUACCUGCCGAGGAAUCUUAAUUUUGUGAACCAUACUGGCUACAUUGGAUGGAGAGAAUUGAAGAAACUGAAGCGAAUAAUAGUUGAUCCGGCACUUUCCCUUACAGAGAAGACUGAGAUUUUCUUCGCCACUCAGAAAAGACAGCUUCCAGAUGCUUAUCGUUUAUUCAUUGGUCCUUCGACGACUGUCUUGAGUCGGAAGUUUAUCGAGUUCUGCAUCUUGGGCACGGACAACCUACCGAGAGCUCUCCUAAUGUACGUGUCAAACACACCAGCAUCAGCUUCCAUGUACUUCCCGACCGUCCUGUGCAAUGCUCAUCAAUUCAACUGGACCACCAUCAACCACGGCCUGCACUACACUUCGCUCGAUUCCAGGCAACGCCGCGUGUUGCUAAACUCCAGCAACUUCGCCGAAAUAAUCGACAGCGGGGCAGCCUUCGCAUCGCCUUUCCCCGCAAACGACCCCUUCCUCGAUCGCAUCGACAGGGAAGUCCUGCAGCGAAGUUCCGGCGAGCCUGUUCCAGGCGGGUGGUGCUUAGGCGACGCGCCUGAAAAUGUAUGCAAUCUUUGGGGCGACGCUGACAUCUUGAAGCCCAGUUCGGGUGCCAAAAGGCUUGAAAAGCGUCUCGUAGAGGUUUUGUCGACUCCACCGCCGCCGUGUUUGGCGGAGUAGUUUUGGUAAUCGUUGCGGAAGGGCAAGACCGGGUACGAUGAGAUUGAACUGUUGUUGUUUAUGAAUGCGGAGAGAUUAUUAUUGAUUUUAUGUAUUAUACUUAGGCCAUCAGAAAACUAAGAAUUUGAUGUACAUUUGUGCUUGCACUCUCUCUUAUAUCAUAUAACUAACUCACAUAA